CCCGCCAAGAAUAACUAAAAUCCUAUGUAAACAUCAUAUUACAACACCCCACCCGACCCCCUUCCCCACCACCCCAAACUCCUGCAAUUUCAAGAAUAAUGGAGUUAUUCGAAACGAUGCCUUCUUCUAAGUCAAUUUUAACAGCAGCAACUUCUCUCACUGCUUCAGCAAUUCUCUUCCGAUCAAUAACUAGUGAUCUUAUACCAGAACAACUCCAGCUCUUUUUUUCUUCACGUUUUCAAAAACUAUCGAACCGCCUUUCGUCACAGUUAAUUGUUGUGAUAGAAGAGUGUGAAGGUCUCACUUCGAACCACAUGUUUGAUGCUGUUAAUGUUUAUUUAGGUACAAAGGUUAAUGCUUGGACUCAAAGGAUUAAAGUCAACAAACCUGAUAAAGAUGAAGAACUUGCUGUCACUGUCGAUAGGUACCAAGAAGUAACAGAUUAUUAUGAGAGUGUCAAAUUCACAUGGAUCAUGAAGUCCAGGGGAAUCAAACAGAGUGAAAAGAGCACCAAUCCCAAGACAGAGCUUCGAUAUUUCGAGUUGAGUUUUCACAAGAAGCAAAAGGAGAUCGCUUUAAAAUCUUAUUUACCAUACAUACUGCGAAGGGCCAAAGAGAUUAAAGAAGAGAAAAGGGUGGUGAGGCUACAUACGGUUGAUUACAACGGAACUGAUUAUUGGAGUUCCGUGGUUUUAAACCAUCCUGCAACAUUUAAUACAAUGGCUAUGGAACCAGAAAUGAAGAAAGAUUUGAUUGAGGAUCUUGACAUGUUUGUAAGUAGGAAAGAUUAUUAUAGGAGAGUUGGAAAAGCUUGGAAACGUGGCUACUUGUUAUAUGGACCACCUGGCACGGGAAAGUCGAGUUUAGUUGCAGCUAUGGCUAAUUACCUUAAGUUUGAUGUUUAUGACUUGGAUUUAAGAGAGGUGCAGUGCAAUUCGGAUUUGAGAAGGUUGUUGAUUGGUUCAGCGAAUCAUUCUAUACUUGUGAUAGAAGACAUUGAUUGCAAUGUGGGGUUGCAGAAUAGAGAAAAUGAGAAUGAAACAACUGAAGAUGACAAGAUUACACUCUCUGGGUUGUUGAACUUCAUUGAUGGGUUGUGGUCGAGUUGUGGAGAUGAGCGAAUCAUAGUGUUCACAACGAAUCACAAAGACAGACUUGAUCCAGCAUUGUUGAGACCCGGACGUAUGGAUGUACACAUUGAGAUGUCAUACUGCACUUUCAGUGGAUUCAGAGUACUCGCUUCCAAUUACCUAAAGGUAGACGAGCACAGGUUGUUUAAGACAAUUGAGGAUCUGUUUGAGAGAGUUAGAGUAACACCAGCUGAAGUAGCAGGAGAGCUGAUGAAGAGCAACAAUUCUGACAUUGCACUAGAAAGCCUCGUCAAAUUCCUUCAAAACAAGGAAUGGGCGUGACAACAAGCUAAACAACAUUGCUGACUAUAACAGAUGAGACGUUAGGACUCCAGUAUUAGAGUGAGUGAUAUUCUUUCAUAUGUUACAGAGCAGUAAUGUUAUAGUGGUAAUUUUUGCUGAUGCUAUUCAUAAUUAAUUUCGAUUGGUAGAUUCUAUUCA